AAACCCCAUUCAAGAUCACACUACGAGACGACGUGGUUGAGUUUUAGCGUUGUGUUAUUUUCUGUGGGUCGAGUGAUUCGUAACUUUCGUAGUUGUUUACUUUGUUCAAAAUAUUUAUAUAAAUAAAACACGCUCAUAACCGGCAGCUGUCUUCGCAUUAAUUUAUUCUGCUUUUGUUUGUUUUUGUUAUAAAUUUGCUGUUUGUUAUCAAAAUGAGUGUCAAAACUGAAAGUCGUUUAAAACAAGCUGCUAUGCAGGUCGGUGCUGGAGGUAGUGCUGGAUUUAUAGAAGUCUGUAUUAUGCACCCGUUGGAUCUAUUGAAGACAAGAAUGCAAUUACAAUCUAGCAAAUCUUCUCUGAAGACUACCGAUCCACACUAUUAUAACGGCAUUGUAGACUGCAUGAAGAAAAUGUACAAACAUGAAGGCCUUUCAUCAUUCUGGAAAGGAAUUUUGCCGCCAAUUUUAGCUGAAACUCCUAAACGUGCUGUGAAAUUUGUAACUUUUGAACAAUAUAAAAGAUUUUUUAUGUUUGGUUCACCCACCGCUACUCCUCUGACAUUUUCCUUAGCUGGACUUGGAGCAGGAAUCACUGAAGGUAUUUUAGUAAACCCUUUCGAAGUAGUUAAAGUAACACUUCAAUCUAACAAACAGCUAGCAGCUCAGAUGCCGAGUACUUGGGCCGUGACCAGCAAGAUAGUGCGAGAAAGCGGGUUAGGUUUGAAUGGUCUUAAUAAAGGACUGUCAGCCACAGUGGCCAGAAAUGGUAUAUUUAACAUGGUGUACUUUGGAUUUUACCACAGUGUAAAAGGAUAUAUUCCAGAAUCCAAGGAUAAAGUAAUGGAGUUUGGCCGUAAAGUAGCCAUUGGUUUCACGUCAGGGGUCCUAGGAUCUUGCGUAAACAUACCAUUUGAUGUGGCAAAAAGUCGUAUCCAAGGUCCGCAACCAGUGCCGGGACAAGUCAAGUAUAAAUCCACCGUUGGAUCUAUUGUUAUGGUCUACAAAGAAGAAGGAUUCCGAGCUCUUUAUAAGGGUCUUCUUCCAAAGGUGCUGAGACUUGGCCCAGGAGGUGCCAUUAUGUUAAUAGUUUACGAUUACGUUUACGAAUUUUUAGAACAGAAGUUUUAGUUCUUAUUCAAUGCACUUAUACUAAACUUGAAGUUAGAAUAAUAUGUAAAUAUGUUAAAUAAGAAUUUUAUAGUACCUAACACUAAGACAUAAUAUUGUAUCC